GAGACCAAACAUCGUUGAUGCUGCGAACAAUCAUCAUAACAAUAACAAAAUGGAAAUCGGAGGCAGAAGAUUGAAAAACGUAGAAACAAUGGCCGUGGAAUCCGUUACACAAUCAGCACCUCCGCCUAGAUCAAAACAAAACAACACUUUCAUGGAAAACCCCAAAAUACCCAUAGCAGUUUCUCUUCUCAUUGCCGAUUCAAUCCUCAUCUUCCUCAUCAUCGCAUUUGUCCCCUAUACAAAAAUAGAUUGGGAUGCUUACAUGUCACAGGUUGAAGGGUUUCUAGGAGGUGAGAGAGAUUACCGUAAUCUAAAGGGUGAUACUGGUCCUCUUGUUUACCCUGCUGGUUUUCUCUAUAUUUACUCUGCAUUUCUGUAUCUUACUGGAGGACAAGUUUACCCUGCUCAGAUUUUGUUUGGAGUUUUGUAUAUCAUUAAUCUUGCAAUCGUUCUAUACAUCUAUGUCAAAACUGAUGUGCUUCCGUGGUGGGCUCUUUGCUUACUUUCUCUGUCAAAACGAGUGCAUUCUAUCUUUGUCCUCCGUCUCUUUAAUGAUUGUGUGGCCAUGACACUUCUUCAUGCUGCAUUGCUCUUCCUCAUGCACCGAAGGUGGAAUCUAGGUUUGAUUGUGUUUAGCGUGGCUGUUUCGGUUAAGAUGAAUGUUCUUCUUUAUGCUCCGCCUUUACUGCUGCUCAUGCUAAAGGCUAUGGAUAUCAGUGGUGUGUUAUUGGCUUUAGCUGGUGCAGCAUUGGUUCAGAUAUUAUUGGGGCUUCCUUUCCUGGUUUCACAUCCAGUUGCAUACAUAUCAGGAGCCUUCAAUCUUGGCCGCGUCUUCAUCCAUUUCUGGUCUGUUAACUUCAAAUUCAUCCCUGAACCAGUAUUUGUAUCCAAGGGAUUUGCAAUCUUUUUGUUGGCUGCUCACCUUAUAGCACUUGCUUCAUUUGCACAUUAUAGAUGGUGCAAACAUGAAGGAGGGCUUCUAAAGUUUCUGCAUUCAAGAUAUGUCUUUAUGAGAAUGAAGUUUGCACUUUUCUUCUCCUCCUCUUUUCAGAAGUUUGGCAAGAGCACUUCAACAUCCAUCAAGAUCCUCACUAAAGAACAUAUCGUGACUACUAUGUUUGUUGGAAACUUCAUUGGCAUUGUAUGCGCUCGGUCAUUGCAUUAUCAAUUCUAUUCAUGGUACUUCUAUACCUUACCAUACUUGUUGUGGAGAACACGCUACCCAACAUUGGUCCGAUUAAUUUUGUUCGUGGGAGUGGAGCUGUGCUGGAAUAUCUAUCCUUCAAACAACAUUUCAUCAGCUUUACUUCUCUGUCUUCACUUAAUUAUUCUCUUGGGUUUGUGGUCUGCUCCACCAGAGUAUCCUUAUGCAGAAAAAGAACCAUCAUCCCACAAAGACAAAUAGAAAGCUCAAAGGUUCCUCUCGCUCUAUUGUUUGGAGGAAUUGAAUGACCUGUGCAAGUGAUUUCCCUUUUGAUGUAAAUGUUUGUUUCUGGAAUCUAUGAAGGAGGGAUUAUGACGGCAAUGUCCAUAGUUGCUACAGACUUUAACAAAUCUGGAUAUGGUGCGGUGAUCCAAACACCUUCAUCGCAUCCAGGUUUAUUCUCGAUUCUAUUGCCGUGGAAUUCUGGAACAGAUAUAAAAGAUUGAAUGCACAAGUUUUCGAGGACAGCUCAUGUGUUUGCUCUGGCAAGGGAUCAAGCAUCGGGAACUGUGGUGGAUUCACCUAACCGUAUAAGUUAUCAAAUGAAAGAUGUAGACAAAGAUAACUUAAGCAAAGGAAUUGAGAAGGUGCUUAGAAUAAUGGCAGCAGCCGGAGCCGAAGAAAUUGGGACGCAUAAUAAUAAGGGAAGGAGCUUAAAGGUAAAGGAAGUGAGCUAUCAUGAAUUUGAGAAAUUUGUUAAUGAAGAAAGUUCAAUGUCAUUUACUGACCUUUCGACACCAGUAUGCUCCGCACAUCAGAUGGGAAGCUGUCGUAUGGGUAAUAACCCAAAGGAAUCGGUUGUGAAUCAAAUGGGAGAAACAUGGGAAGUUGAGGGUCUUUAUCUUGCAGAUUCAAGUGUUUUUCCCACAGCUUUGGGUGUGAAUCCGAUGGUCACAAUUCAGGCUAUUGCGUAUUGCACGGCGCAACAUGUUCUUGAAGUUCUCAAAAGGAAAAGAUGAAG